AUGGCCGCUUCACGCUCAACUAUGCGUUCAAUGAACGUUUCACGUUCUAUUUUGAACAACAACAACCUUCCUCGAUCAAUUCAUUCAACCGCUUUACGUAUGGCAGGCGGAGGUCCACCAAUCAUUCAAGGUGAAGGUUCUGCCCCAGGUGAAGUUCCAACUGAUGAAAGUCAAUCGACAGGUUUGGAACGUUUUGAGUUAUUGGGUAAAUUGCAAGGCGUUGAUGUUUUUGAUAUGAAACCUUUGGAAUCUUCAAGACUUGGUACAAAGAAAGAACCAAUCAUGGUUCAAAGUUUGUACCCUUCCCGUAUCGUCGGAUGCACAGGAUCUCCAGCUGGAUCUCACGAUACCACUUGGAUCCACUUGAAGAAAGAACACGAUUUUCAUCGAUGCCCUGAAUGCGGAAGUGUUUACAAGCUCGACUUCACCGGAGAUCAUACCACCGACGGAAGCCAUCACUAA